UUUUUGCAAAUCCAAUCAGUUUUCCACGUUGCUUCAACGCGUCACAUUGAUUGUUUUUGUUGAAAUUACGUGAAACAACAUUGGAUCAACCGGGUUCUGCGCAGUGGGAUAUUUUCCAAGAGGAACAACUAAUUACAAGUUUUCAGACAAUAACUGAAAUGAGGUCAUCCGUAAUGAAGAAAGGGGUUUCUGACCAUUUGCAUACACAUCUGGACCCCACUCUCACCGUCUCAAAACUUCCUGGGGAUCUGUCACAAUGAUACUUUUGCAACGCCCUGAUCUCACUCUGCUACAGACGCGACGCUACUAUUGUCUUGUUAUCUAUUUAUCAACAGUGGAAUCCAACCGACCUUUUCCAGAACUGCGGUGGUAUUUAAGAUUUGUACCGCGUGUGAACUGUCACUGUUGUUUUCUUGGUGAAGAUUUACACUAAUCCAGGCACACGUUGCUGUUAUGGACCCCGAGAGGGAGGGGAAAGAGAGCGAAUAUUCAGUGGCAGUUAUCCAAAUUAUCUCGGACUUUUUCUCAGUAACUAUAACAGUAAAGGUCAGUAAUGGCUUCUCAGCUGCAUAGGCAUCUUGAUCUCUGCGACGGAUGUUUGGUGUCGCCGCAGGGGAUGGAGAAUAUACUGUAAAAGGGCGAAGGCUGGAGGAGGAGUUGAUAGAUGUAGCCUACUGUCGUAUGACUAAAACGGCGCAUUCACAAUCACAUAGGUAGCCGCUCCUACAACCUGAAGACACCAACCCUACACAGUAGCACCUGAGGGAUUUGAUAUGACCUGUCUGUAAAGAUGCUAUCGCAGGGUAUAGGUAGUGGCGGGUAACCAAAGCAGUCCUGCACAGACACCAUCCAGAUGGGAUCAGCUUACGGUAAUUUGGUUUCAGAAUACAUUACCAGAAGAGGCUCCUGGCCGAGAACGGCCACCCCGCUAAGAGCUAGGAGUCUGUGGUCGCUGUGGCCACUGCAGACAGCCAGCUCCAGCCGGCCCAGGGCUUCGUUGUCCAAUUCAUUAGGGCGAUUACUCAGUCCACUGGCCACACUGGAGCCCUCACAUUUCUGGCUGCUGAAUAGAAUGGCUGUUGAUGACCGGCACCUUCCCUCCAGCUGCGGGUCCUACAUCAAGACGGAGCCGUCCAGCCCCUCUUCAGUCAUCGACACGGUCAGCCACCACAGCCCAAGCGGCAACUCGGACGCCAGCGGUGGCUAUGUCAGCGCCAUGAACAGCCACUCCAACGGCCUGGACUCUCCGCCCAUGUUUACGCCCGGCGGGCUGGGCGCCGGCCCCUGCCGCAAGCGCUACGACGACUGCUCCAGCACCGUCAUGGAGGACUCACCCAUUAAGUGCGAAUACAUGUUGAACUCCAUCCCCAAGAGGCUGUGCCUGGUCUGUGGAGAUAUAGCCUCUGGGUAUCACUAUGGCGUGGCCUCUUGUGAGGCCUGCAAAGCCUUCUUUAAAAGGACAAUACAAGGCAACAUAGAAUACAGCUGUCCCGCCACAAACGAGUGUGAGAUCACAAAACGGAGACGCAAGUCAUGUCAAGCCUGCCGCUUUAUGAAGUGUCUCAAAGUGGGGAUGCUCAAGGAAGGUGUGCGUCUGGACCGUGUGCGAGGGGGAAGACAGAAGUACAAGAGGAGGAUGGAUGCAGAGAACACAGCGUACCUGGGCCUCACACUCCCCCCUCCUGCCAAAAAACCCCUCACAAAGAUAGUGUCCCACCUGCUGGUGGCCGAGCCAGAGAAGAUCUACGCCAUGCCUGACCCCACCAUGCCUGAGAGUGACAUCAAGGCCCUCACCACGCUGUGUGACCUGGCUGACCGGGAGCUGGUGGUCAUCAUUGGCUGGGCAAAGCAUAUCCCAGGCUUCUCCACGCUGUCGCUGGGAGACCAGAUGAGUCUACUGCAGAGCGCCUGGAUGGAGAUCCUGAUCCUAAGCAUCGUGUUCCGCUCGCUGCCCUACGAGGACGAGCUGGUGUAUGCAGAGGACUACAUCAUGGACGAAGAACACUCGCGGCUCACUGGCCUGCUCGACCUCUACGUGUCCAUCCUGCAGCUCGUACGCAAGUACAAGAAGCUGAAGGUGGAGAAGGAGGAGUUUGUCACCCUCAAGGCCAUCGCUCUCGCCAACUCAGACUCCAUGCAUAUAGAGGACGUGGAGGCAGUGCAGAAGCUCCAGGAUGCGCUCCAUGAGGCCCUGCAGGACUAUGAGAGCAGCCAGCAUCAGGAGGACCCCCGGCGGGCAGGCAAGCUGCUCAUGACCCUGCCCCUGCUGCGUCAGACUGCCACCAAGGCCGUGCAGCACUUUUACAGCAUCAAGGUUCAGGGCAAGGUGCCCAUGCACAAACUCUUCCUGGAGAUGCUGGAAGCCAAGGUCUGAUGGAGGAGCAGGUGAUGCAGACAGAAGGACAUGGAGAGAGGGGACUCAGGACAGGAGAGGAACACCCUGCUGACUGUGACAGGAGACUGACUGACCUGUGACUGUGACUGACCUCUCUCGCGCUUUGCCCCUUGAACCCAAGACAUUUCAAAAAUAAAACAAAUACAAAUAAAGAAGAACAAAUGCUAAACUUGGUUAAAAGUAUAAAUGUAAAAUGAUGCAGAUUCAUUUAAAAUAUAUUAGAAAUACUAUGUACAGUAAUAAUUUUGUUUUGUUUAUGGUCUGUGGUCAUACUGUAUGUGAAGGAUCUCCCCCUCUAUAUCUUCAGAAGGAAUAAUUACAGGCUAUUAAUUAACAUGGUUUUAUUUCUAGUCAGAAUAUACAGUUGAGUCAACCACUAUGACUCACUUGUUAGACAGUUGUUUCACCUCCUGGACUUGACCAGGACAUGUAUAUAUUUAUUAAUAAUGAUUGGCUGAGUGUACAGUUAUGUCUGGUGAAGCCGACGGCCAUUUUUCUCUCUUUCUCCUUCUUUGAAAAGAAAGAAAGAACAGAAAGUGUUACCUAAAUGUGAGCUCUACUGAUCUAAAUGUCCUUGAAUAUACCUCUUCAGAGCAGUGAGCUGUGUGAUGUGGAUUGGUCUCAGACAGGAAGAAGAUAAACUGGUCACAUGACAUGUUUAACCAAACUAGCGUAGCCAGGUAGUCAGUCGUCUUAUUCUGUAGUAACUCAGCAAUAAAGGGAGCCGUGCCGUGGACAAGUCAUGUUAAACCUCCUAUAUCAUCUGCUUCACUACACUGCUGUCUGUCUGUCUGUCUGUCUGUCUGUCUGUCUGUCUGUGUCUGUCUGUCUGUCUGUCUGUCUGUCUGUCUGUCUGUCUGUCUGUCUGUCUGUCUGUCUGUCUGUCUGUCUGUCUGUCUGUCUCUGUCUGUCUGUCUGUCGCUAGAAGACCAUGCCCUCCCAUUUGUGUGUGAGUGUGAGUCCUGGCAAUGGACGCACCACUCACCUGUUGCACUGUAGUGUUUCUCCUCUGUAAACCCCACAUUUGGUGAUUGUUCAAGCCAAUGGAAAUUGCCUCUUGGCAACUGAGUGAAUGACCUCAUCUGGGCAGGGUGAAAGAUGAUGAGUGGGUUUGGGGGCGGGGGUAUCAAAGGAUUACUGCCGAGUGGCAGAAGUCCAGAAGAUUCCAUGUUCAAACAAUCAGAGGCCCAUGUGUCAAAUGCUCUAUUUUGGGUCCUUUAAGACCGUGGCAGAGUCCUUCCAAACAGGGAGCAAGGUGUCCAGCAUCUGCUAGCAGCAUUUUAGAAGCGGCCUGUCUUUUUAUAGCUGGGACUGUCUUUAUGGAGCUACAGCCAAACUGAGGUGAAUGGCAGGUGCAGUGAUGUGUUGGUAGCUAGCGCUUCACGCUGACUGGGGGUAUUUUUAACCCAGAAGGAGGUUAUUGCUGUAGCUGCCUGCCUGCUCUGCCUCCCUCCAGGAGUACAGUAGACACGUGGAACGCUGCUUGACCCCAUGUUGACACAGUAGCUGUGGUGUAACACCUCUCAACAGACCAGGAGACAGACAGGCAUCCUUAAAGACAGCAAAUCACUCCCCAAGGUGCUCCUCUUGUGAGAAGCCAUGCAGGCUACAAAGUGUCAGCAUGUUUCAAAGGGUAGCACCAGUCCCAUGGUGUGUCUGAACAAGGUGUGAUCUCGGUGGGAAAGUGACGAGAGGGCCCCCAUGCUCCCAGUGUGUAGGUAGGUCGACCUCCAUGGUGCAUGCUGGGCACUGUAGUUCAGUACUGUAGACUCAUGCUGUUCUUGUUCUGCAUGGGAGAGAAUGUGAUGGGAGGGGGAUGAGUAUACUACUGACGUGAUUAAUGUGAUGUGAUACAUGUUGGUGCUGUCACAAUAUGAAACUGUGAUCAAACGAAUCCCUGACAUUGUAGACGGGAUGGUUGCUACUCUGCUUGUGAUAUCAUUGACCAGUGUUAAUCCUGCAGCACCCUAUUUUACUGCAGCCUGAUUGGUCACUUAAUGGAGGAUGACUACACACCCCAGCACCUAAUAAUCCAACUUGAACUAGCUGCUGUCUACUUAACAGGCUCCACUUUAGGGGGUGACCAUGUAACUUGAACUAUUUUACUGUUGUGCAAUACAACGGGGACCAAUUCUGACUGAAACCAUGCUGUAAGCAUGCUUUUACCAAGAUUUUGGACAAUUGGAUUAAUAUUUCCAUAUUAUUAAAAAAUUAUUCUUAUCAAAAAUAACUAUCAGAACUAUAUUUUCAUUGCUCUACUGUAAAAUACAAGCGCUUGUAUGGACAAGUACAGAUGAAACAGAUCAGACAGUUUAGCAGAAAAACUUUACAAUAAGCUUUUUGUAGUGAUCCAAAAUUCACACCCAAUACAAUGCAACGUAAACUCCAGGCACCUCCCUUCAAUGCUUUCAGUUGUAUUUAGGCUCCUCUAGAAUGCAAAUAACAAGUCUUACAUUCAAACUGGGUCUAUACAGUAUAAGGUGUAUAUAUACUGUGUAUAUAUACUGUGUGUGUGUAUAUAUAUAUAUAUAUAUAUACAUAUAUAUAUAUAUAUAUAUAUAUACAGUAUAUCAAUGCCAAUGGUUACUGGACAGUAUACAGUAGGUUGCCGAGUUACAGCAGUUCAAAAUAAAGUACAGCAUGCAGCGUCCUGCUGACUACUACCUCAUCACUAUUGUCGAUACUUUCGAUUUCAAGAUGUAUUCUUCAUCAGUAUCAUCAUCAUCAUGGCUGUAUUGAAAUAUACAUGAGCCAUCCAUGUUUCUAUCAAAGAUUUAUUGUCUAGAAAUGCCCCUGCCAAGAUACACUAUACACACAAAAGUAUGUGGACAACCCUUCCAAUUGGUGGAUUUGGCUAUUUCAACCACACCCAUUGCUGACAGGUGUAUAAAAUUGAG